AUUAGAGGGAACUGUGUGCCCUUUCGUGGCUGAGAUCCACAGAACGAUAUGGCUGGUUUCCCUACACUUAUCAUGCUCCUCUUUCUCCUCUGCCAGCGCUCAGUGUUGGAAGCCUCAGGAGUACGGAAGGAGCUGGUCUGUGCCCAGGGUGAAUCUGUGACUUUUCAUCUGAAUUUCACAGUGAAGCCAAUUGACAGUAUUGUCUGGACCUUCAACUCCAUCACUCUUGUCACCAUACAGCCAGCUGAGGGAGACGGCAAUGACACUGUCAUAGUGUCUCAAAGUCGUAACAAGGAAAGGAUGUACAUCCCAAGUGGAGGCUACUUCCUGAAUCUCAACAAACUCAUGAAGAAUGACUCGGGUGUCUACCGUGCGGAGAUACACAGCUCAUCAUUCCAGUUUCCCAUCACCCAAGAGUAUGGGCUGCGUGUCUAUGAGUACCUGUCAAAGCCCACGGUCACCAUGGCUCUGCAGAGCAAUAAGAAUGGCACCUGCAUGACCAAUCUGACAUGUUCCAUGGAACAAGAAGCAGAAGAUGUGACCUAUAGCUGGAGGGCCCUGGAACAGGCAGCCAAUGUAUCCCAUAAUGGCUCCAUCCUCCCCAUAUCCUGGACACUGGGAGAGGUAGACAUGACCUUCAUCUGCAUAGCCAGAAACCCUGUCAGCUUCAACUCCUCCAGACCCAUCUUUGUCCAGAAGCUCUGUGAAGGUGCUGCUGGUGACCCAGAUUCCUUCAUUGUCUACAUGUAUCUCCUGUGGGUGCCCAUCCUGCUCUGUCUCCUCGUACUAGUGCUAGUAUUUUUGAACAUACGAAGAGAGAGAGGAAAAGAGGCCAAGGAAAAGAAGAAGAGAAUGGAUUCUCAACAGGAAAUUCCUAACUUCUGCCCACAUUCAGGAGAGAAUGCAGAAUAUGUCACAAUCUCCUACCCUGCCAAUACUAGCCCAGAGGAAGAUCCAGCAAAUAUGUUAUAUUCUACUGUGCAGAUACCAAGAAAGGUGGAGAAUCCCCCCUCACUGCCUGGGACACCAGACACAGCAAGGCAAUUUAGCUAUGAGAAUGUCAUCUAGACAGCAGUGUACUCCAUCAAGUCUUUACCUAAAAGAAAAUUAUCAAAUGACGUCAGUGAUCUGAUCAGAAGCAUCAAGGACUAACGAGGAACUUUGACUUCUUAUAGAACAAACUAUCAUUGAUGAUCAUCCUGGUUUAAGAACUCAAAAUUCUGCUCACUGUCCAGAAAUUUUCUCAAACCAUUUCUUCUUAGAAAUACGGCUGAAAAUUUGUCAGAGAACUCCAAGAAAAGAGCUUAGAAGUGACUUUGUUGAAAUGGGGAUGUAAAUCAGUGUCACAGGUAUUAAUGACAGCCCCUGUCAUAUUAACAAUGGCUCCCAGCCAGUCUAGUGUCUCAUCUCUCCCCAGAGCUUGGAGAUCAGAAUAAGCCAAGAGUCUGCUUGCUAGGAGGGCAGGAAGGCCAAAACAGCACGUCCAGCAGAAGCAGAUGUAGAUCUAUUGAUGGACUCACCCAUGCUCACUGUGCCUAGCACUGGGCUGAGCUUACCAUCCUUGGUUAAAAACCAUCUUGAAAAAGUGGCUUGGGCUGGCGCCGCGGCUCAAUAGGCUAAUCUUCCACCUAGCGGCGCCGGCACACCAGGUUCUUGAACCGGUCGGGGCGCCAGAUUCUGUCCCACUUGCCCCUCUUCCAGGCCAGCUCUCUGCUGUGGCCCGGGAGUACAGUGGAGGAUGGCCCAAAUGCUUGGGCCCUGCACCCCAUGGGAGACCAGGAGAAGCACCUGGCUCCUGCCUUUGGAUCAGCGCGGUGCACUGGCUGCAGCGCGCCAGCCAUGGUGGCCAUUGGAGGGUGAACCAACGGCAAAGGAAGACCUUUCUCUCUGUCUCUCUCUCUCACUAUCCACUCUGCCUGUAAAAAAAAAAAAGAAAAAAAGAAAAAGAAAAA